GAGAGAGGGAGACUCAUGCUCAACCUCCACCCGCGGCCGCCCCAGCCCCCCCGAUUCGCCCUGCCCCCCUCACCGCAUCCGCAGCAAAAAGCCCCUCGGGGCGCCGCCGGGAAAGAGCUCCAUGGCCCCGGCCGUCGGCAGAUGGCGAGGCGAGGCGGGGCUCGGGUUUGCAAGCCAAGACGCGCAGCCCAGCGGCAGGGAGCCCAUAGGUGGCUCUGCGCCAUCGGCUGGACGCCAAGCGCCCGUAGGGAGCGGGAGAGCCCGGCAGCCCAGGGACCCCGGCCGGGCGCGCGGGAGCCGUCUUGCCCUCUGCCCGCCCGAUCGCCUCCCGUGCUUGUAUUCCGCAGAGCCAGCAUGGAAGCGGAACCCACGGAAGCGGCGGCCUCGCUGCCUCCGGCGGUGUCCUGGCAGGCGGCGGCGGUGGAGGAGGAGGAGGAGGAGGCAGCGCCCAGCAGCACGUCGCCCACGGCUCGCGAGGUGGAGGAAGAGCUGAUUCCGCCCGCCUCCACCUCCCUGGGGAGCGACGAGGACACGGUCUUGCCGCGCUCGAGCUCCUUGGAGGGGGAGGACGAGCUCCCGGACCCCUCCCUGCCCUCCUCGUCCGAGUGGCCGGAGCCGCAGAGCGCCAGCCCCAGCGAGCCCUCCGCCGCGCCGCUCGAGAGCUCCCCUUUCACCUUCGCCUCGCUCUCGCCGUCGUCGCUCUCCUGGAAGGCGCCCUCCGACGGGCCGCAGCGGCGGCUGGAAGAGGCGGAAGGCCGCGGGGAGCAGGGCGAGCGGCCGAAAGCCAAAAAGAAGGGCCUGCCGGCCAAGAAGGGCGCGCCAAGCUACACGGUGAGGACCAUCGUGCCAGCCGAGAAGGAGGAGCUGGUGUCGGUGGCCAAGGCCAUGCACCGAGAGAAAUUUGCCAAGAGCACCAAGGAGCUCUUCCACCUGGAGAAGGAGGCGGCCCUCAAGUCCCUCCAGACAGGUCUCUACAUCGGCUGGCGCUGCCCUGAAUACCUUUGGGAUUGUUUCCGGGUGGGGGAUGAGUCCAAGUGCUUCUGUGGGCACCUGCUGAAGCUGCACCAGGUGUACGUGGAGAAACGAGCCACUGUGCCCUGCACUGUGGCAGACUGCCGAUGCCAGGGAUUCCUGUUUGUUCCUUCAUGCCCGGAAGAGGUGGGCGAAUUCUGGCUUCGGCGAAGAACUGGCUUUGAUGUGGCAGCCUGGCGAGCAAAAUGCCGGUGCACGCACACGCACGAGGAACAUACGCCCAUCGGAGCACGGGGGUGCUGUGUCCGAGCUUCUUGAGAAUUGUGCUAGGGGGCUGUCUGGACUGGGUUGAAGCCACCUUUAAGUGAUCAUUGCUUUGGUAACUGCCCUUCCCUUUGUCUGCCAAGGCCACCCUCUCCACUCUUUUUACCUCUACCAUCUUAUCAAAGCAAUACACCCAGCUCCUCUACUUCCAGCCCCAUUUGGUCUUAUUCCAGGGUUUGCUCAUCAUGAACCCCAUCUCUCACCAAGGCAAUGUCAUCUCCAGCCAGUCCAGGCUCAAAUCCUCCUCCAGCCACUGGCACUACAGAGCCCUCUCCCCAAUUGGCAGGCAUAAGUGACCUUUGUGUUCUGUGGCCCUGGCUGCCUGCCAAUGCCAAAGCGGCACCAUCUCCCCGAGCUGCACGGCUAAGGAGCCUCUCCCACGGCCACCUGAGACUGUUCGCCAGGACCAGUUCACUUGGGGCAGUUACUCCAAAGAGGCUACCCUCACAAUCGGUGCCAGCUCAGGACCUUCCCGGGGGCUUCGGCAUCCCUUCCUGCCUUCUGGCCAGGGGGUUUUGGCCUAUUUUUCUUUUUAAAUUUUUUAUUGAAAAUUAUUAAAAAAUACAGAAAAAAAGUAUAACAAUAUGGAUAGAAUUGCAGAGAGUAAUAUAAUACAUAUAGAGUUUUAAAGUAUCAAUUUUCGCCUAGAGAAAGUACAAACCUCCAUUAAACCAACUCAUCAAAAGAAGGAAAAGUUUAUCCAGAAGAAAAAAUUCUCAACUGUCAUGCAAUGCUCCUAUAAAUAUUUACCCACGUUCACAUUAAGGUUAAUAUUUUCAUUCUUCUUAAGGUUUCUUUUUUUUCAGCCAAGCAUACCAUCUGUCCCAGCUCCUAUAUAACCCCGAUUCUUGUCUAUCUCGCAAAAGUCCAGUAAGCUUGUCUGCUUCUGCACAGUCCAUUGCAAUUAACGUAGCCUCCGAUGGAAUAUUUUUGGAUUUCCAUUCUUGCACGAACGAGAUCCUGGCUGCAAUGAUGAUGUGGGGAGCGAGAUACCAAUUAGAUUUGUUUAAGUUCUCUGGUUUCAUGCCUAGUAAAAACGUUUCCGGGUUCAAAUCUAUUCUACAUCCUAUGGUUUCUAAAAUCUAUUUUUGAAUUCUAGCCCAAUAUUCUUUUGCUCGGGGACAGGUCCACCAACUAUGAAAGUAAGUUCCCAUAGCGGCGUUGCAUUUCCAACAAACCGGAGAGGUUCCCGGGAACAGUUGCGUCCCUUUCUGGAUCGGGACUCUUUACGCACGGUCACUCAUGCCCUUGUCACCUCCCGCCUGGACUAUUGCAACGCUCUCUACAUGGGGCUCCCCUUGAGGAG